GCGCCCCUCCGGGGUCCGGGGAGAGGGAAAUCCGGAGACCACCUCCCCUUCCCCGCUGGCUGAGUUGCCGCUGCCACUGGGGCAGGGGCUGGGGUAGCUAAGCUCCGAAGACUACUGUAGGGAAGAGUGACGUCAGGGUGUGUGGGAGCCAAGGAAGGAGAGAGUAGGGGAGAAAGAGCGAGCGCACGCCAGAGAAGCUGCCAGUCGGGUCGAAUGAUAAUAGAGGGCUGGAAGGAGAAGGGGGAGGAAGGAGAGAGGGAAGCCGCCGCGGAGGACGACUGGUUGCAGGUCCCCAGGGUUGCGGGUCCAGGUGGGGUAGGAACCGCUGUCCAGGGAAGCUAGAAGGAAAGGGGCGGGAGAAAAGAGAGAAAGGAGGAGUGGGGGUGGAGGGAGAAGAAAGGAGAGAAGGAGACAGAAGGUGGGGAAAGGAAAGGCAGAGGGUGAGAGAGGAAACUGCCACAAGGAGAAAGAAGAGGUGAGAGAGAGGAGAGAGAGGCAGAGGGAAAUAAAGGGAAAGGAAGGUUAAAGGUACAUGAAGGAAGAAAGAAAGAAAGGGGAAGUUACAAGGUGGAGAGAAGACCUCAGAAACAGAACACAGAGUGGGAAUGUGGAAGGGAAAUAGCCCAGGGGGUAACUAGGGAGCAGCCAUGGAGGAAGACCUGGGGGCACAGGGGAACUGGGGUCAGGAAGAUGCCCCAGGCCUCUUGGCUAUGGCCUCCCUUCCCAUCAUGCCGAUAUGGCCGUUGCCCCUGGCCUCGUCAGCCUUUACCCUGUUUCUGGGAGCCCUCACUUCACUUUUCCUCUGGUACUGCUACCGCUUGGGCUCCCAAGACAUGCAGGCCCUGGGGACUAGGAGUCAGGCUGGGGGUGUCGGUGGUGGGCCUGGGGGAUGCUCUGAGUUUGGUAAGCCAAGCCCAGGGAGCUCUGGGGAGCCUGGGGAAGGACCUAGGACAGAAGGUCUAGUGAGCCGUCGCCUCCGGGCCUACGCCAGGCGCUACUCCUGGGCUGGGAUGGGUAGGGUGAGGCGGGCAGCUCAGGGUGGCCUAGGCCCUGGGGGAGGGCCAGGGGUCCUGGGCAUUCAGCGCCCAGACUUGCUUUUCCUGCCAGACCUGCCCUCAGCACCCUUCGUGCCACGGGAUGCCCAGCGACAUGACGUGGAGCUCCUGGAAAGCAGCUUCUCUGCUAUAUUGCGGGACUUUGGGGCUGUGAGCUGGGAUUUCUCAGGGACGACCCCUCUUCCUCGGGGCUGGUCCCCACCACUGGCUCCUGGGUGCUACCAGCUCCUGCUGUAUCAAGCAGGCCGGUGCCAACCCAACAACUGCCGCCGGUGCCCCAGGGCCUAUCGGGCACUGAGGGGGCUGCGGAGCUUCAUGAGCGCCAACACCUUUGGCAAUGCUGGCUUUUCUGUCCUCCUUCCGGGCGCCCGGCUUGAGGGCCGUUGUGGGCCCACCAAUGCCCGGGUCAGAUGCCAUCUGGGUCUGAAGAUCCCCCCUGGCUGUGAGCUGGUGGUUGGGGGUGAGCCCCAGUGCUGGGCUGAGGGACACUGUCUCCUGGUGGAUGACUCCUUCCUGCACACAGUGGCUCAUAAUGGCUCCCCGGAAGAUGGGCCUCGAGUGGUCUUCAUCGUGGACCUUUGGCAUCCCAACGUGGCCGGGGCCGAGCGCCAGGCCCUCGACUUUGUCUUUGCACCAGACCCUUGAAUGAAGGUGUUGCCUUCAGACAUCUGGGUUGGAGAUGCUGCACUCAGGGAUGGCUUGAGUGGUAGCCAGGACCUCCUCUCCAUUGCAGGGGUUGGGGCGGGGCUGAGGGAGGGCACUG